CUACGAUUUCGCUGUCGCGUUCCGCGGGAUGCCGACGAGCUGCGUGGCCUUUGGCUGCCGGAGUUGGCACCGGCCAGGAGACAAGAAAAGCUAUUUUCGAUUCCCUUCGAAGAAACUGUUCCCUCAUCGAAGAGCGGCCUGGAUCCGAGCAGUGAAGCGAGUGCUCCCGUCAGACCCAAACAAGGCUUGGGAGCCAAGUAAGGAGUCGCGAAUAUGCGAGGAUCACUUCGUAACAGGGGAACCAUCACUGGACAACAGCCACCCUGACUACGUGCCGACUGUAUUCACUUACGUGAAGAACCGGCCGUCGGUCCUCGGCCGCUACGAACGGUGGAAACAUCGUUUGUCGACGGGGGAGAUCGAGCACGAGGACAAUCUUGGUCAGUCCGUGAUGUCUGGGACGCAUGACGGGUGCAGACUCAAGAUUGCACAGAUGCAGCAGCGGAUCUUGAGUUUGGAAGCUGACAACAUGCGCCUCCAAGUGGAGCUACAGCACCACGAGACACGGCGGCUAUCGGUUGACUUCAUCAGACAUGACCCCAAGCAGUGCAUUUAUUACACUGGGCUGCCCGAGUUUGCUGUAUUUGAAGCAGCAUACGAUUUUUUUGCACCUCGGGCAUCCCAGAUGCAAUACUGGUCGAGCACUCAUUGA